AUUGGUGGGAUUUUGAUCGAAAUAUGGUUCAAUUCAUGCAGAAUCUCGGGAAGCGGCUGGCAACCGGCGCGGGCCUCCUUGCCGUGUCCGUCGGCGGCACGGUCGCGACGAUUGAGCUGUGCAUCUCUCACACGGACGCCACUGCGAAAGAAGAACGUUUGGAUUGGGAAACGAAUCUCUUGCCCCUUCGCGCCAUCGCACAGGCAAAGUUGGCCGACGCUGGGUCGGCCCAAGAGGUGGCGACCCUCCAACACGUGCUCGACAGAGUGGCUCGCGACGAGGCGUACGUGCAGGGCCGCGAAGCGGACGUUGUUGAGAUGAAGCGAAGCUGGAGCGAGGUCAAGGAGAACGUCCGUCGGUGGAUAUGGCCGCCAUCGCCGAAGAAUGACUAGUUCGUCGACGAAACCACCGUCGAAGAUCCUUUCAGAACGUUAACGUGUCAACAUCGAGUUUGUUCGAUUGCAA